AUGUACCUCGACAAGGCUGAGGUUGAUGCCUGUAUCGAAAGGCUCAUGAGGACAUGCGAGGAUGCUGACGUGAUUGCAAUGUGCCACAGGGCAAAGGAUGAGAUCAAAGGAGUCGAGAACGAGGGGAUUAAGCACUUCAUAAAAGAAAAGUGCUGGAUUGUGAAGAUGUUUAUGAAUGCGAUGUGCUCAAGAAAGCAUGUGCCGCUGUUUGUUGUUGACUUUGUGUAUAUUCUCCUUGUGAACGAGCUGUUUGCUUAUGAAGAUGCAAAGGAGAUUGUCUGUGCAAUCGGAGAGAACAGUUGGUGCGAGGCGUCCAAGAUGAAGAUUCUUCAAAUGAGCUACUACUUGAUGAGGUACGAUGAGUUUGGUGGAGAUGUUGCAUUGAGUUUGCUAAAGAGCCUGCUUGCAAUGGUAGAUGAUAAAAGUAGGCAGGUGCAAACAGCGGCAAGAUCGAUAGCGAUGCAUUUAGUUGAUUUUGUAUUUGCUAGGAUGUAUUCUAUGCCAGCAAGGAAGGUGCAAAGCGAGGGCGACAUGAGUAUUAAUGAGCGAGUAUGUGAUGCAGAAAAUGUGGAUGGAGUGGAUUACUCGAAGUCUGAGCAGCUUCCAUGCAUUGAGAUGUGCAGGACGGUGCAGGCAGUUAAUGAUGGAAUGUGUUUCUUGAAGCAUCUUUUGGCCUGUAUUUCUUGCUCGAAGGAGAUGUGCUACUUUGUGGUCGAUGCUCUGUGCAUGAUUACGUUGCGGGAUGGGCUUUUUGUGCAUGAUGUCGUUAAGAAUGUGUAUUUGAAUGAUGUGAUGGAUUCGCUGGUACGGCUAGUAAGCAAGAGAUGCUCGUCGAAGGGAGGAAUUUACAAGGUGAUUGAGGCAUUGGCAGAAAGAAACGGUGAGAUGUUUGAGAAAAGCAUUCAAGUGUUUUUUUGUGAGGUUGAGAAGGCAUACGAUGGGUUUGAUGAGCUGGAGCGGGAGAUGUUUCUUGAGUUUUUUGGAAGAAUGAGUGUUUACCUGGCAAGGAUUAAUGCGAUAGCUGUCAGAAGGGUGUUUUUCCGAAUUCUUGGAGAUAUGUCUGUUGAUGAGAUGGGAAGCAGGGAUGUAAUUGCAUCGAUUAAGGGCUCGCUUCAGGUGCAGCUGGCCAUCCAGGCGGAAUUGAAUGGAACACGGUACAAUCCAUGCGCAAAGGUGUUUUUUGACAAGUUUUCUACGCAGCUGCUUUCAAAGCUGAUGGAUACUGGGCGUGUUCAUGAUGAUGUGAAAGAUUUGCUGUGUGCCGCGGUUGAUUUCUAUGCAGGAUUUGGUGACAAGGAACGGCUCGAGAAGUUUUUGAGUGUAGGCAUGAGAUUAGGGUUUUGUAAGGAGAUGAUGCAGUGUGCAAUAGAGAACAGAAAGGGUGUGCAGGAGUCUUGGAAGGUUGUUAUUGACGAAGGAAAGGAGUGUGUAGGUCUGGUUGUUGAUGCAAUCGGGCAUUUUGAUGCAGAAGAGAUGUUCUAUGUGCUGAAGGGUGUAAGCAUGAUUCAUGAUGGCGAUAAUGCAGAAAAUGCCUGGAGUGGAAAGGAGAAGAUUGAUUUUUUACACUCUGUGUUCAAUGUGAUGAAGCCAGUGAUUGUUGAGCCUCUGAAUGUCAGGAUGUUUGAGAUGAUUCUGAAUGGGGUUAUUGAGGAAAGCAAGGAAGAUAGAAUGUAUGCCACAAGGAUCUUCUGCUUGAUUGUUGUUGAUUAUGUCAGUGAUGUUGAGAUUCUGAGUGCUGAGAUUGAAGGAGUGGUUUUUGGGAUGAUGGAGAGGAUGCUGAAGAGAAGUGCAGAUGCAGAGAAGAAGGAGGUGCUGGAAGUGCUGCUUAAGGUGCUGAGGCUUGUGACACCGGAAGCGGGAUGGGAUGUGAUUGUUGAGUGUGUUAGGUAUGGAUGUGUUCCUGAGCUCUACUCGAGUGUGUAUUUGCUGAUUCAAUGGAUGGUUGGUGGAUUUAGUCAUUUGCUGAGUGGAAGGCAUUUUGAAGUGAUUGUUGAAUGCUUAUGGAUGAUGUGCCGUAGUGUUGGCGAGGAUGAGGGCAUAAGGUUGAUGUAUGUUCUGCGGGAUGUUGGAGAGUGCCUUGGUGGUAUGAAUCGAAUGGAGAGCAAGGGUAGGGAAGCAUGGACGAAGUAUGUGGAGAUGCUUAGGGAGGAGUUGAGCGACGGCAGAGUGAUCAUGCGAGAUACGGCAGUUAGGUAUUUGCUUGAGCUUAUGAUGAAUGCGGCGUGGAUGAAUGAUGCAGAUGGGAUUUGGUCUGAGGCGGUGAUUGGGAUAUGCGAGGUUUUUGAGAAGGGAAGGCAGUUGAUUGCAGAGUCAGGCUCUGAUGAACUGAACACGGUGUGUUUGAUGCUCCGUGAGAGUGGAGGAUGUGUGGAGAUGAUUUGUAGGCAUGAGCGUGUGAGCAAUGUGUUUUUUGAGGUUUUAGUGGAUGGGGUUUGCAGUAAUAACGAUGAGGUAAGGCUGUUGAGCAUGGAAAGGUUCAAGAUGGUUGUAAAGUGUAUUACUGAUAGUGAUGAGUGCAAGAGAGAAGUGGGGAUUGGCAUGAAGAUUUGUAAGAAGGAUCUAGAGGUGAGGGAUAGUGGAAUGAGAGUAAGAAUACAGGAAAUAUACAAAAGUAUGCUGAGAAGAAUUCCGAUUGAUUGUGUAUGCAAUGCUGAGCCUGUGAAUGAAGUGAAUGUGCAGAAUGAUAUGAUUUAUGGAGUUAAUAGGGCUGAUUAUGAGGAUAGAUUGUCCGGCAGAAGGGCUGCAGGGAUGAAGAGUCUUCCGAUAUGCUUAGAAAUGGUUGAGAUGCUGAAAUGCUUUUUGAUUCGGGAGCAUGAUCUGAGGAUGCUGAUGCCUUACCUUGAAAGAUUUGUUACUUCAGGAAAUAGACUGCUACAGGAAAAGGUGAUUGGGAUGAUCGAGAUGCUUGCAAGUGGAGAGGACUUUGUGGAUGCUCGGCUGGAUGUGUAUGUCUCAUGGAUUUCUGCAGAGGAUGUAGGGCUGUCUCGGAUGCUGAUUGAAAGGAUAGGAUUAUUGCUGGGACGAAGCGGAGAGAGAUAUUCUGAGGUGGUGGUGAAUAUUGCGAGGUAUUGUGGAGAUGAAGGAUUGUGGGAGGAUGUGGUGCGUGGAGUUAUGUGUGGAACGAAGGGAAAGAUGAGUAGGCAUCGGUUUGUGUCGUUUGUGAACGGAAGCAAGAUGAUAUUUGCAGAGGCAUGCAAGCUGAUGAGUAGUGCGGCUGGGGAUGCAGAGCCUGGGGAUGAUGGAAUGAUGGAGGUAAGAGACGAGGUAGUUGGCAAGAUGAAGAGGGUUGAGAGGAUUGCCUUGGAGUUUUUGAUGUUCUACCACGGAGUGCUUGUGGGGGUUAAGAAGAUGUAUUUUGAGCAGGGAGGAGUUGAACAGCAGCCGUUUGAUGAGGUGACGCUGAUGGAUUUGAAGGAAGGCUAUGGGGCGAUAUUUGAGAUGAUAGGUAUGGAUGCACGGUACAGGAGAGAAAGUGUGUUAAUGAGGUGCUAUGGGAUUGUGUUUGAUGACAUUGAAGUUGUGUACUUGGAGGUUGUUGAGAGGAUUCGGCAUGUGCUGGACGAGUACAACCGCAUUGAAGCGGUGUAUAACGGGUUCUAUUCGAUGAUGAUACAAAGAGAGGUGUAUGUGAUACUUGGCGAGAUGGCGAGAAGGCGAGACAAGAGGCUUAUUGAGGAGGUGAGGAGGGUGUUGGUUGAUGUGUUGAGGAGCAAAGACUAUCGAGUGAUUGAGUAUGCUAGAAGGUGCUUUGAGGUGCUUUUUGAGUAA